AUGGCAGCCCUGUGUCUGCUCACGGUCCUUAGUGCCGCCCUGGUCGUCGUAUCUAGAGAAAAUGUGGGCGUUUCUGCCACGAUAACAACAAAAUACAAGGUCACACUCGGAAACGAUGCUGUAUGCCUGCCCGAUAUCAACAAGGCUCGUCAGAAGGCCGGUCUCAAUGAUUUAGUACAAGCUAAACAGGGAGGCACAACAACAAGGCUGCCUCAAGCUGGAGAAGAAAUUACAUCAGACUACGACAACUGGGAACAAAGUAAGAAAACGGCAUCCGAUCCUACUGCCUUCAAGAGUGGCACAUACGCGUACCAGGUCGUCGAUCCCCACUCCGUAAACUGCGAUACUGUAGUAGAUAAAUGGAAAGACGCAUACACAAACUUCGACGGGGUGCCUCCAGCAUACAAGGACAAUAAAACGUUGUAUAGCAAUCCUAAUAACGUCUCUCUCGUGGCCAUGUACAACCCUUCAGAUAACGCUAGUGCUGACUGCAGAGUUGUCACCUGCACCAAGACGGUAACAGAUGACGCCACAGAGGACCCCACAAAAAUAACCGAAGGCUCUGCUUUGAUUUGCUUGACGGCGCCCGCUGCUCUUGACAAAACGAGAGCAACUGGCCCUUUCACAAAGGAUCAAUGGGGGCGAAUCGUCGAAGCUAUCGAAGGUUCCGCCCCGUCCGUCGUACCAAGUGUGCUCGGUCUUGUCACAGCCCUCCUUGGCGUCAUGGUAGCGGUGUGA